ACAUCUGUUUAAAUGUAGUUUAGUUUUCAAACAAAUGUAGCAUUUUAUUUACUUAACAAAAAAAAAUGAAAAUCCCAUUUCACGAACAGUUUGGAACUUUUUUCCGGACUUACAAUAAAGAUUUAUGCAUGAUUUGUUCUCCUUGCCUAUUUGGAUCAAUGGAAUAUGUGCUUACUUUAAGUAUUAUUGGCACGCUUACCACACUAUGGGAUUGUGUAUGUUUGACUAAUUGUGGUCAAAUUUAUUCACACUUGAAACCAAUUGAACCUAAUUUCUGUCCAGUUAUAAAAAAAUAUUUUCGAUUUUUAACAUGUGGACUUUACUUGGCGAUAUAUUCAUCGCUCGCGAUUGGAAUAAAAAUUGAACAUCCAGUUCUCCUUUUGCCAUACAUCCUUCUACAAAUGGUGAAUAUAACGCUUUUAAUAUUGGUCGCAUUUUUAUCCAUUCCGAAAUCGACUAAACUUACGAGGAAAACUCUCAUUUAUUGUGGGUUUUCCGCUUUCAAUUUUCUCCAGUGUUUUUGCAGCUUUCGUCACAUGCUUCAGUCAAGGGAUUUUUAAAUACAAACUUGAUUUUCUUUAGAAUGACUAGUAGCGAUACAAAAUAAAAAGAGAUAUAAAGAAAGGAAUAGAAACUGCCUGAUUAGUGUUCACUUCAUUAUGUCGCUCCAG